AUGUCAAGCACCUUCGUCAGAAACUUGACCUUUCAGGCCGAAGAUCUUGGCAAGGUGUCGACACUUGUACUCACUUUCCAUUGCGACACGGACGGCAUCUACCAAAAAACAUUCCCUUUAGUUUGGAGGGCCAUCACAUGUGGGAAGGAGGGCCGGUACACCAUGUUCACGACCUACACGAACCAAUUUGCUUUCUCCAAAGUACAGGUCGAGGAUGGGGAAAUCGUUGACGCUGGAACUUACGUCCGGAUCAACAACGGCGAAACAACCACCCUAACCCAGACGGAUGACGGGUUCCGGUUUUCUGACCCGGAGCCUGGAGUUCAUGGUUAUCUAGAGGCCUGUAACGAGACUGGAGUUGUUCAGGACAUUGCAAUCAGUAUUAUGAUCCCGGGAGACUCGGUGCCUAAGCCGGUGCUCUAUUUCAAGGACGUCGAGUAUUACAAAACAGAGACUUGCCGUGGCGUCACGGCUAUCACUCCGAUCCUGCGCGCCUACAUAACCUCGAAUUAUCAAGAGACCGCAACCGUGCAAUGUGGUAUCACCACCGAUCCGAUCUGGGAGCAAGAUCUUUCCGACCUUCCUGAGACCACCAUCUUGACCCUCAAACGGGACCUGGCCACUGGACGUUACACAAUCACCCAGGAACUUAGUGCACUCGAAUAA